AGGUUUGAUAAGUAUAAAGUGCCAUGAGAAGUUCAAGACCUGCAUAAAGAAAGUUCAAAAAUCUGGAAAGCUUGGCUUUUCUACAGAAUGUCCAUAUGACACAGCUGUGCCUACAAUGGUGCAAGGCAUGGAUAUGGCCAUCUUGUUCAGUCAGUUGGGUGGCUCGAAGCUUGAACUCUGAUAGAGUAAAGUAAACUCUUUUCGUACUGUGAAAUCACGUAGUGUUGCUAAUCAUUCUUUCUUGAUAUAACAUUGAUAAUAAAAACUGAAGCCAUUAACAAUUCAUAAAGGUGUGUGGAUCACUUUUUAUUUCUGUGAUUGCCCUGUGCAAGCCAUUUACUUCCAAGGGCUCUUUUUGUUUCCCCUUUACAUAACUGUAGCGAUUUUAUUGUACUUGCAUUUCUAGCAAUGCGUUUUUGCUUUUAAUAUAACCAUUUGAAUUCUUUCAAUGAA